AGGCACGCCGGGAGGCUGCUUUCCUGUCUGGCUGGCUUUCCUCUCCAUCCCUUCUUACUCCACAGGAAUGUUUCUGGAUGCUUUUUUUCCCCCCUGUGCGGUAACAGAAAUCAGGCCAGCCAGGGGAGGAGGAGGCAGAGAGCUAUUUCAGGGAGCCGCUGUUAUCUGCUCUGUGUUAAUCCCCGGCUGGGUGGGGGGAAGGUUUUCCCUGAGUGCUUUAAUGGGAGAGCAUAUAUUAAACAUUGAAAGGCAAAGAGAGGAAGAGGAUUAGAGGGAGAGAGAGGAAGCCGGCUGCGGGUUUUACACGGGUUGUCCAUCUGCUCUGCUUUUAUGGAUGCAACAGCAUAUCUGUGUAUUGAGGUCCUUUUGCAUCGCCAUUAUCCAGGAGCGCUGGAAGCCCCCACACUCCCCUUCCUCCCGGUUUUGCCUCCCGCAGUAGCUGAGCUGUAGGGAUAAUGGAGCUCAGUACCGUGGUAGCCACCGUGGAAAGCGGGGAGCAAGACACAGUCCUCAAGGUGCUUCAGAUCUACAACCAGGAGAAAUCUCAGUGCUUCACCUUUGAUGAUGAGGAGCGGGAGGAGAGGAAGAAAAUGGCCCAGCUGCUGAUCAAGUUCCUGGAAAGAGAGCUGCAGCCGUCCUGCCAGGUCACCUGUUUGGAAAGCAUCCGCAUCCUGUCCCGGGACAAAUACUGCCUUGACCCCUUCACCACCAAGGAAGGUCUGAAGACCCUCUCCAGGCAUGCUGGCAUCGAUUACUCAGAGGAGCUCAUCCGGGAGGUCCCAGACUUGGAUGUCAUCCUGGAAUCCCUCAAAUGUCUCUGCAACAUUGUCUUCAGCAGCCCUAGGGCACAGGAGCUGACAGCUGAAGCCCGGCUGGUGGUGGGCCUGGCCAAGCGCAUCAAACUGUACAACGAGAGGAGUCUUCCUCAUGAGGUCAAGUUCUUCGACCUGCGUCUCCUGUUCCUGCUGACGGCGCUGCGAGUGGACGUCCGGCAGCAGCUAGCCCAGGAGCUCAGGGGCAUCAGCCUGAUGACGGAUACCCUGGAGCUGACCCUUGGUGUAAAGUGGAUGGACCCCUAUGAAGUUGCCACCGAGGAGGGGCUUCUCCCACCUUUGCCUCGGCAGGAGACGGAGCGAGCCAUGGAGAUCCUGAAAGUGCUCUUCAAUAUCACCUUUGAUUCCAGCAAGAGGGAGGUGGACGAGGAAGAUGCUGCUCUGUACCGGCACUUGGGUGCCCUCCUGCGCCACUGCCUCAUGAUCUCUGCUGAUGGAGAGGACCGGACAGAGGAGUUCCACAGUCAUACGGUUAACCUUUUGGGCAACCUGCCCCUGAAAUGUCUGGAUGUCCUCCUGACCCCAAAAGUCCGGCCAGGCUCACUUGAGUACAUGGGUGUCAACAUGGAUGCAGUCAGCAUCCUGCUGGAUUUCCUGGAGCGACGCCUUGACAGGGGCCACAAGCUGAAGGAGAGUUUGACCCCUGUGCUGAACCUGCUGACUGAGAGUGCCCGAGUCCACCGCCAGACGAGGAAGUUCCUGAAGGCGAAGGUGCUGCCUCCGCUCCGGGACGUGAGGAAUCGCCCAGAGGUGGGGAACUCGCUGCGGAAUAAGCUGGUGCGUUUGAUGACCCACAUCGACACUGACGUGAAGCACUGCGCGGCAGAGUUCCUCUUCGUGCUCUGCAAGGAGAGCGUGUCGCGGUUUGUGAAGUACACGGGCUACGGGAAUGCGGCUGGGCUCCUGGCAGCACGAGGCCUCAUGGCUGGUGGUCGGGAAGAGGGAGAGUACUCAGAAGAUGAAGACACAGACACUGAGGAGUACAAAGAGGCAAAGCCCAACAUUAACCCUGUGACGGGACGCGUUGAGGAGAAACUGCCCAACCCCAUGGAAGGGAUGACUGAGGAGCAGAAGGAAUAUGAAGCCAUGAAGUUAGUCAACAUGUUUGACAAAUUGUCCAGAGAGCAGGUCAUCCAGCCCAUGGGCGUCACGCCCAGCGGCAACCUGGCCCCCAUGGAGAACGCCAUCCACGACAUGGCUGACGAGAGGUCGUCGUCCGACUCGGACCUGGGGCUGGACUGAUCCAGAGCUUGCCCCGGCCUCGGAGAGCUGGGGAGCCUCCGUCCGCGCUCCCUCCGGAACUGGUGCUGCACCCAGAGGCUGGUGCGGGGCCAGGACUCUCCCUGUGGGACCCGGAUCCAGCCUGGACCCCUCACCGUUCACAACAAGGAACACCUGCCUCCUUCCCAGCUCCACAACCACCUCUCCUUCCAGAGGGUCUUCAUGGCCCGCCUCCGCCUCGGUCUCUCCUGUCAGCAGCCUUGAGGAUUUCAUACUCCAAAUUGCUUCCAGGACUUUCCAGUAGGAUAUUUUUAUUUUUUUUUUUUAAAUACAUGAUGUUUGGGCAGAAGGGCGGGGGGAGGAUCUGUCUGUCACACCGCCGGGGCUCAGCAACCUGCGGAGCACCUGGUGCGUGUGCCGAUGCUCGUGUGGCCGCUUGUUGGCGUGUGCGUGGCCGUAUGUGGCUACGUGUGGCCGGCCCUGCGUGGGGGGAAGGAGGGACUGCGGGAGAGGCUGCGAGCGGCUGCUCAGGCAGUUCUCGGGGGGUCCGCGGGGCGUCUUGGCGCAGUGCAGCCGUUCCAUCAGCAGGUAGCCGAGUGUGCGCGCGCUGCGUAUGGCUGAGCGUGACGGUGUCUGUGCACACCCAGGAGCGCAUGGACUUGCGCGUGUCCCCGUGAGUGCAGAGUGGUGUGCGCUCUGCAGGGAGGCGAGGAAAGCCUUUGUGUGACGCUGCCAGCAUUCCCCUCGGCCGCAGGAGAGAAAGGAGCGGGUGACUGCCAGGAACGCUCUGGGAUUCGGUCUCUGGCACCGCGCAACGUUCCUGUUACCAUGGAGUUUAGUUUCUGGCAUGAGCCUUUCCCCAUCUCAUGCUUUCCAAAUGAAAGGCCAAAAUCUGGGCUUUGUCUGCUGCCCCCGCGGCUGCCUCGGCUUUCCCACAUGUCCACUGCUGUUUGCACCCGGGGCUGCUGUUGGUCCUGUCCUUCGCUGUGGCUUAGAUCCGUCUUUUUCGUUUUUUUUUUUUCUGUUUUGUUCUUUUUCUUAAAGAAAAUUGUUUUAAAGAAAAUAUUCCAGUUUGUCUCAUGUACCAGAGUUCCAAAACUUACUAUCACAAGUAGGAAUGCAAAAGUGAAGCUAGAAUAAAGAAAACCUGACAAAUGGG